AUGUCCGAUCUAUCAGCACAAUUAUCUGCAUUCAAAAACAAACUUAAAAGUGGACCCUCAGUAGCUGUGGCUAGAAAGGCAGUCAUCUCGAAACCUGGUUCGCCGUUACCUACAACUCCAUCAAAUUCAUCAAAUACUCCAUCGAAACGACCAAAUCCCACGGAUCCAGCGAUUGAUGUGUACAAAAGACAUAAACCAGAACGGGCUGAUCUUAGUGGAUCACAUUUGUCUACACAGUUACACUUGGCUGUGGAGUAUAUAAAGGAGCAAGAUCAUCCAGUCAGUAUCGGCAAACUUCAACAAACGUUAUCUUUUGAUGUUGAACACACGCUACUACCUUUACUAAAGGAGAUUGAUAGAGUCAAAUAUGAUGAGACAAGCCGCACAUUGGUGUAUGUUUCACUACACAAUAUAAAGACCGCUGAUGAUUUGUUGGAAUUUUUAAGGAAACAAACGACUUUCAAAGGUGUUUCAGUAAAGGAGUUAAAAGAUGGAUGGGCUGGAUGCUACCAGGCAAUUGAUGAUUUGGAAGCAGAGGAUAAAAUUCUAGUUUUGAGGAAUAAAAAGGAGAAUGCACCACGUCUAGUGUGGGCAAAUGCCGGUGGGAAAGUUGGUGCUAUAAGUGAUGAGUUCAAGAAGAUGUGGGUUGAUGUUAAGCUUCCAGAGCCCGACGUUUUGUAUCAAUCGUUGAUAGAUCAAGGAUUGAAGCCAACGGGAGCAGACCCGAGCUUGGUCAACAAGAUCCCACAACAACAGGAAAAGAAACAGAAGAAAGCUCGUAGAGGAAAGAUUACUAAUACACAUAUGAAGGGAAUUUUGAAAGAUUAUAGUCAGUUGGUAUAG